AACCAUUCAUUUCUCUCUGCAAACCCCAUACAUUACUCAAGCUCACUCUCUCUCUCUCUCUCGUUACUUUUCCAUUUUGUUUGGGCCGUGUCAUCGUUGUGCGGAGAUCCAUGGCGGAACACGCAGGCGAGCCGGAGUCUUUGAUUGAGAAGAUCGCCGAUAAGAUCCACGGCCACGAUUCGUCGUCGUCAUCAGAUUCCGACGAUGACAAGCCGUCCAAGGUCGAAGAAGUUCAAGCCAAGAUUUUCAGGCUCUUCGGUAGAGAAAAACCAAUCCACAAGGUCUUGGGAGGCGGAAAACCUGCGGAUGUUUUCCUAUGGAGGAACAAGAAACUUUCUGCUGGCGUGCUUGGUGGGGCCACGAUAUUGUGGGUCCUCUUUGAGUUGCUUGAAUAUCAUUUAAUCACAUUGGUCUGCCAUAUACUGAUACUUUCGCUGGCUCUUCUUUUCCUGUGGUCCAAUGCCUCCACUUUGAUCAACAAGUCUCCACCGCAAAUACCGGAAGUCCGAAUUCCGGAGAAAAUUGUCCUCGAGGUUGCUUCGGUGCUGAGAGCUGAAGUAAAUUAUGCAUUGGCUGUUUUGAGAAAUAUUGCAUCGGGGAAGGAGUUGAAGAAAUUUCUUGGUAUUAUUGCUGGCUUGUGGGUUCUGUCCGUUGUUGGGAACUGGUGCAACUUCCUCACCCUGUUCUACAUAGCGUUUGUCGUGCUACACACGGUACCGGUGCUUUAUGAGAAGUAUGAAGAUCAGGUUGAUGCACUUUCUGAGAGAGCAACAAUUGAGAUCAAGAAGCAGUAUGUAGUUUUUGACUCAAAGGUAUUGAGUAAAAUUCCAAAAGGUCCGUUGAAAGAAAAGAAGAAGGAUUAGAGUAAUCAAGAUAGUGUUAACUAGGUCCAUGUUGCAAUUUGAGCGAUUAAAAGGUUUUAGUCCCCGUGGCGUAUGCCUGUUUCCUAUUAGGUUCCCUAUUUCUGCUCUUUGCUUCAGAAUUGUUUGGACGCACACAGUUUAGUUUAAUAUAUAUGGUACUUCGUUAUAGUCA